AUGUAUGCACUGCAGUUAACUCCAGAAGAGGAGCAGUGUUUCUCCUCGUACUUCACUCAAUUAACGGAUACUGAAAACAACGAGGUUUCUGGACAGACGGCGGGAAAUUUUUUGGUGAACUUUGGCGUUGAUCAUCAGCAAUUGGCAGUUAUUUGGGAUAUCUGUGAUGAAAGACACAAUGGAUAUUUGUCUCGUAAUGAGUUCGCAGCUUGCAUGCGUUUAGUCUCACAAGCUCAGAAUGGAAUUCCUCAGAAAUCAUGGGAUGUUUAUAAAGGUUCGUUACAUGUUGCUCGUACAUAUGUGUAUCUUCAUGGAACAACUGUUUACACGAGUUACAAUUGUUUCCGGAACAGUUUUGCUUACCUUUUAGCUGGACCGGUUCCUCAUAAACAAAACGUGUCCAAGCAUACGCAUUCUCACAGUUCAAACUCUUCACAAAGACACUCUUCUCAUGGAACGAGACGUCAUUCGGUGGUCGAUAUGUCCAUAUUUACGAAACUUGUGACGGAGGAAGAACGGAUUCAGUAUGGUACAGAGUUCGAUGAGAUUCUGAAACAGCAUCCUGAGAUUGUUUCCAUUCCAGGACAAGAUACCCUUCUUCCAGGCACUAUUGCUCGUGACGUAUUCACACAGACGGGCCUUCAUGUUAGUGUAUUGGCUCAAAUUUGGAAUUUGGCUGACUUUACACAUCGUGGAAGUUUAAACAAGGCAGAAUUUGUGCUUGCAAAGCACCUUGGAGCAUUGUGCAAGGAGAAUAAUGUUAAACAUCUUCCAAAAACCAUUAUUCCUCAAGUGUACGCUUCAGCUGCUGGUGCUCCUGAGACAGCUCAUGUCUCUGUUUCUCCUCCCGUUUCAUCGUCUGCACCCGUGGAGGGACCUGCUCUGGGAAGCAGUUCCUCAAAGAUAGACAAAUACAUGUCUGCUCCGAAGGCUGUUGAGGUUCCUGAUGUUCCGGCUGCAGGUUCUUCUGUUCAAGCAUCAGAAGUAACGAUUACCCCAGCGGUUAUUCCAGAAGCUGCAACAACAGCCAUUCCAACAUCUGAUUUGGCUACUGCCCCAGUGGUUGCUUCGGCUUCAACUUUUGAGCCUAUUAUCGCUCCACCUGUUGAACAAACCGUGCACUAUGAUCCCGAGACGCUUCCAGCAGAAACGCCUGCUCCUUAUUCAUCUUCUUCCGAAGAACAAGACCCCGUUGCAGAAUUGGCGAGAAGAAUUCUUGCCAACGAUCGCAACAAUUAUAACUCUCUGUUUGACAGAAUUGACAAACAAAGAAAGGGGUACAUUACUGGUGAGGACUCGGUUCCCUUCUUUGUGGCCUCUCGUUUGGACGCUGACGAGCUCGCAAAGAUUUGGGACUUGGUAGACGUGAAAGACUCGGGUAUUUUGGAUAAGAACGGAUUUGCCGUUGCGAUGGAACUCAUUCGGUUGCGUCUCACGGGAAAAACAAUCCCAGACACGUUGGAGGAAGUUGAAUCUCAACUCAUUACGCUUCAGGUAGCAGAGCCGAACCAAGCUCCACAGCCAACAGAACCCUCGAUUGCUCCAGAGCCCGUGAAGCCAUCAAUUCCUAUUCAACCGACUCACUCCUAUUUGGACGAUUUGAAAGCAUUAGAGCCUGGUAGUAGCAGUGCACCUCCAGAUGUGCAAGGCACGCCGACAAUGGAUAUAAACGGUCUCGCACAACCGGCUAUUGCUGAUGACGAGAAGCCAUUGUCAGAGCCGGCAUUUGCUGAUGACAAUGAGGCGACUGAGGCUGUUGAAGAGCAAGACCAUCUUUCAACCGAUAUCCAGAGAUUAAACUUGGGAGCAAUGGACACGUCUGCAACGGAAGAACCGUCUUCAAUGACAGAGUAUGUCACUGCCGCUGCUAUGCCAGAGCCAACAGCAACUGAGCCCGAGAAUGUUCCGCCAACAUCUUCUGCGGACGUUGUUGUUAAAGAAGUCGAUGAAAGUCAUGAAGAACCGGCAGCUGUUGCCGCAGAAGAAGAAGAUUCUGACGUUUCUUCUUCUGCAUUUGAGUCAAUCCGUGAGGAAAUUCAGACUACUCGAGAUGCAAUGGAGGCUUCUGCUCAUAAUCAUCAAGUGCUUGAAAAACGUGUUCACCAUCGUCGUGAGCAGUAUCGCAAGUUGCAAGAGGAGCUUACAAGUUUGGCUGCCGAACGAGACCGUCUGCAUCAGCAAGUGAGAAGAUUUUUGAUGGAAGAGCAGCAAUUGAACUCAUCUAUCCACGCGACGAAUGUGGAACGUGAGAGCUUAAAGAAAGAAGUGAACGAGCUUCGCCAGAAGGCCGAUGCUACAAUUGGCACCGCCGCCGCUUCUGCAUCUGCCCCCGUACCUGCUGCUGUGAACACUUUGCGAACCUCUUCUUCGACAUCCGCAAACACGAUUCCCCAGACUCAAGCCUUCUCCUCUUCCCCUGCCUAUCGGUCGUCGCCUUUAGCUAACGGACCAAGUUUGCCUUCCAGAAGCACUAAAUCUCCGGCUACUAACAACGACGAGAACCUCUCCCAACUCCUUGACAUGGGUUUCGACAAAACGAGAUGCGAAAAUGCUCUCCAAGCAACGAAGGGAAACGUUGAACAGGCCAUUAACAUAUUACUGAACUGUAAGUAA